CCUGCCCUGAGCUGUUGAAGGGCGCAGGACUCUCGAUCUCUAUGUUUAAUGGACUAGCCCUCUCUCUCAUCGUGGCCUGAGAAGCUAACUUGGCUUCUCUGUCUUAAUCCCAGGCGCUCCUAGCCUCCACAGCUCGACUACUUUCAGAGUUUUAUAGGAAGCUUGCCCCGCCCCCUAGGUUGUCACUCUCGACUUUCAACCCAGAAUGGAGUCCAGACUAGAGCCUGACUCCAGAUUCUUGGGUGUGUUUGAGGGGGUUAUUUCCUGGAGAAGCUCCCCCUCCCCCACACUGACUUUAGGAAGAUAAAGGGGAGAGGGACAUCUGUCAACCUUAGUGUUGUGACCUGUGCAGGGUUUAGAAUUUGGAAGAACAGCUCCUGAGAUGGCUUUGAGUUUAAAAAGUGCUAGUCCAGGGGCAGCUCAGCUUUUCUAUAGUCAAGAUGGCCCUUCUUAGCAAAGGGGAGAGGGCCAUUGUCCCACUGCAGCAGCUGUGAGCUCUCUUGCUUCCUGGGUCCCUCCUGUCUAUAGGAUGGUUCGAAUGGUAAGGCUGUUUAAAGUAGAUGUAAUCAGAUAGUCCUGUUCUUGAAAGAGCCCUCAAAAGGCCCUCUAAUUCUUUUUUCUGUUGCUGGGCAAGAUUGUAAUAAUUGUCAUAGUGGCCUAGAUUCAUGACAAGCAUAUAGGGAGAGCAGAAACAGGAGAGUUGGAGAAGUACACUUGGAUUUGGAGUACUCACAAUCCCUGUGCUUGAAGGACAAUGUGAGACCAAGACGGUGAUGCUCUCAUAAUGAACGUCAACCAGUCAGCGCCACCUGUGCCGCCAUUUGGGCAGCCCCAGCCUGUCUACGCAGGAUAUCAUCAAUCCAACUAUGGUGGGCAGCCAGGGUCCACAGCUCCCCCCACUCCCUAUGGAGCCUACAAUGGCCCAGUACCAGGCUAUCAGCAAACACUUGCCCCAGGUGUGUCAAGAGCCCCACCUUCUUCAGGGGCACCUCCAGCCUCCAGAGCACAGGCCCCUUGUGGCCAGGCUACAUAUGGCCAGUUUGGCCAAGGAGAUGUACAGAAUGGGCCAAGCUCCACUGUUCAGAUGCAGAGGAUCCCUGGGUCUCAGCCGUUUGGGUCAGCCGCAUUGGCCCCUGUGGUCAGCCAGCCAACUGUGUUUCCUCCCUUUGGCCCUCUCCCUUCAAGUGCACAGGUGACUGCCCAGCUGGCCGGAAUGCAGAUCAGUGGUGCUGUGGCCCCAGCCCCUCCCACUUCAGGGCUGGGCUAUGGCCCACCAACAUCGCUGCCCUCAGCCUCAGGAAGUUUCCCUAACUCUGGUCUGUAUGGCUCCUAUUCUCAGGGCCAGGCUCCUCCCCUUAGCCAGACCCAGGGUCAUCCUGGGGCCCAGCCUCCCCAGCGAUCUGCUCUACCACAGGCCUCCAGCUACACACCCCCAGCUUCAGGGGGUCCUCGGAUGCCUUCGAUGACUGGUCCUCUCCUGCCUGGACAGGGUUUUGGGGGGCCCCCAGUGAGCCAGCCCAAUCAUGUGUCCUCACCUCCUCCUCAAGUUCUGCCCCCUGGCACCCAGAUGACUGGGCCCCCAGGAGCACCACCACCUAUGCACUCCUCCCAGCAGCCAGGCUAUCAGCUGCAACAAAAUGGUUCCUUUGGACCAGCUCGGAGCCCUCAGCCCAAUUAUGGAAGUCCCUACCCAGGAGCACCCACUUUUGGCAGUCAGCCCGGGCCUCCUCAACCACUGCCUCCUAAGCGCCUGGACCCUGAUGCCAUCCCGAGCCCUCAACUCAAUGAGCUGCCUCCUCAGCAGAAAACCAGGCACAGAAUAGACCCUGAUGCCAUUCCUAGUCCAAUUCAGGUUAUUGAGGAUGACAGGAACAGCCGGGGUUCAGAGCCAUUUGUUACUGGAGUACGGGGCCAGGUGCCACCCUUAGUCACCACCAGCUUCCUGGUGAAAGACCAAGGAAAUGCAAGUCCCCGAUACAUCCGAUGCACAUCCUAUAAUAUCCCUUGCACAUCUGACAUGGCUAAGCAGGCUCAGGUGCCCCUGGCAGCUGUCAUCAAGCCACUGGCAAGGCUGCCCCCAGAGGAGGCUUCACUGUAUGUCGUCGACCAUGGGGAAUCUGGCCCUUUGCGCUGCAAUCGCUGCAAAGCAUACAUGUGCCCCUUCAUGCAGUUCAUUGAGGGAGGGAGGCGCUUCCAGUGCUGUUUUUGCAGCUGUAUCAAUGAUGUUCCCCCCCAGUAUUUUCAACAUCUGGAUCAUACCGGCAAACGUGUGGAUGCUUAUGACCGUCCUGAGCUAUCCCUGGGCUCUUAUGAAUUCUUGGCCACUGUAGAUUACUGCAAGAACAAUAAAUUUCCCAGUCCUCCUGCCUUCAUCUUCAUGAUUGAUGUCUCCUACAAUGCCAUCAGGAGUGGUCUUGUUAGGCUCCUCUGUGAGGAGCUCAAGUCACUGUUAGACUUUCUACCUAGGGAGGGCAGGGCAGAAGAGUCAGCAAUCCGUGUUGGCUUUGUCACCUAUAAUAAGGUGCUCCACUUCUACAAUGUGAAGAGCUCAUUGGCCCAGCCACAGAUGAUGGUUGUAUCUGAUGUGGCUGACAUGUUUGUGCCACUGCUGGAUGGCUUCCUGGUCAAUGUCAAUGAGUCUCGGGCAGUCAUCACCAGCUUAUUGGAUCAGAUUCCGGAAAUGUUUGCAGACACAAGGGAGACGGAGACAGUAUUUGCCCCAGUUAUCCAGGCUGGAAUGGAGGCUCUGAAGGCUGCUGAGUGUGCAGGGAAGCUGUUUCUGUUCCACACCUCCCUGCCCAUUGCAGAGGCCCCAGGGAAACUGAAGAACAGAGAUGACAGGAAGUUGAUCAACACAGACAAGGAGAAGACUCUGUUCCAGCCUCAAACAGGUGCCUAUCAGACCCUGGCCAAAGAGUGUGUGGCCCAAGGCUGCUGUGUAGACCUCUUCCUCUUCCCUAACCAGUACGUGGAUGUGGCCACGCUCUCUGUUGUUCCCCAGCUCACUGGUGGCUCUGUCUACAAAUAUGCUUGCUUUCAGGUAGAGAAUGACCAGGAACGGUUCCUGAGUGACCUGCGUCGGGAUGUACAGAAGGUUGUUGGCUUUGAUGCUGUGAUGCGGGUCCGGACAAGCACCGGUAUCCGUGCUGUAGAUUUCUUUGGGGCUUUCUACAUGAGCAACACAACAGAUGUGGAGCUGGCUGGGCUGGAUGGGGACAAGACGGUGACCGUGGAGUUCAAGCAUGAUGAUCGGCUCAAUGAAGAGAGUGGAGCCCUCCUGCAGUGUGCCCUGCUGUACACCAGCUGUGCAGGGCAGCGACGACUCCGCAUCCACAACCUGGCUCUGAACUGCUGCACCCAGCUGGCUGAUCUGUAUCGAAACUGUGAGACUGACACGCUCAUCAACUACAUGGCCAAGUUUGCAUACCGAGGGGUCCUGAACAGCCCUGUGAAGACUGUUCGUGACACUCUUAUUACCCAGUGUGCCCAAAUCCUGGCCUGUUACAGAAAGAACUGUGCCAGCCCCUCCUCUGCAGGACAGUUGAUCCUUCCUGAGUGCAUGAAGCUACUCCCAGUUUACCUCAACUGUGUGUUGAAGAGUGAUGUCCUGCAGCCUGGAGCAGAAGUCACUACUGAUGACCGUGCCUAUGUCCGACAGCUGGUUACCUCCAUGGAUGUGGCUGAAACCAAUGUCUUUUUUUAUCCUCGGCUCCUACCGUUGACAAAGUCUCCCAUUGAGAGUACCACUGAACCACCAGCAGUUCGAGCAUCUGAAGAACGUCUAAGCAAUGGGGAUAUAUAUUUGCUGGAGAAUGGGCUCAACCUCUUCCUCUGGGUGGGAGCGAGUGUCCAACAGGGUGUGGUCCAGAGCCUCUUCAGCGUCUCCUCCUUCAGUCAGAUCACCAGUGGCUUGAGUGUUCUGCCAGUUCUGGAUAAUCCACUAUCUAAGAAGGUGCGAGGCCUCAUUGAUAACUUAAGGGCACAGAGAUCGCGGUACAUGAAGCUUAUCGUGGUAAAACAGGAGGACAAGCUGGAGAUGCUGUUCAAGCACUUCUUGGUGGAAGACAAGAGCCUGAGUGGGGGAGCAUCCUAUGUGGACUUUCUCUGUCAUAUGCACAAGGAGAUUCGGCAGCUACUGAGCUAGAGAAAGUGGGUAAAUGGCAUAGGGUCCCAGGCCAGCUUCCAGAAAGUAUCCCAGGACAGCAGAGAAAUCAGGACAGUCCCAUAUCUUAUAAGUCAUGUAAGCUGACCUCAGUCUCUUUGGGGGGAGGGGGAGGUAUAAGGAGACACCUUUCUGGGCUCAAGUAUCCUAUACUCUGUCAUGUCCUGCUGAUGGAAGGUGCCGCUAUCCACUCACUUUACCCUCCUUUUUCUGCUAAUCCUGCGUAAUGAAUGUAGUUUCUCAGUUCACUGUAUAUGAUUCGGUGUUGGGGUUUGGAGGCACCCAGACCCUGGCAAUAUUAUAUGUCCCUUUGGACCAGCCUCCAAGAAGAAAGGGGCAGGCAGGAAGGAGUGGAGAUCCCAGGUUUACUAUGGGGGGAGGGGCUAAUUCAGCUCAGUGUCAUCAGCAACUUCCUAUAUUAGGGAUAAAACAUACAGGUGCACAAGAGCUGGGGUAUAGACCAUAGGCGGUGGAGAGAAAAGUGGUUGGUCCUUCUUGGGCCUGGAAGUCAGCAGCCAAGUCAAAGUUACUGAGAGUGGUUGAUUAGCUUUCUCUCUCUGCUUCCACUGCUUUCUCUUGCAAUGAUUGGUGAUCACUCCGUGGACAGAGGCACAAUGUCAGAGAUGAAUGAGCCUGGGAACUGAGUUGCAAAGUAUAUUAAUACCUGGGAGAGGUACCAGCCUCCUUUCCAGCUGGAGAGGCCCCAACACUGGAUGGUUCUGUAGGGAGCUUGGUCAUCAACUUGCAAUACCUCACAGAGCCAGCCCACGUCCCAGUCUGAGCUCCCACUGGAAACACUGCUUCUUCAAGAUGAGGGUUGUGGGGAGAGAGGCGAAGGCGGCUGGAGCUCUGGUGUCUUUUGCCAGGACACCACUCAGGCUUUGGUAUUGACAGAGUGGCUGACAGUUAUCUUCCAACCCGAACUGGCUGGGGCAGGACAAAGGCUAGGCUUGAUGGUGGCCAGGCUUGCCUGCUCCCAGCCUGGGAUGACCCUGCUCUGGACCUCUCAUUUCUCUUCAUUGGUUUAUUUUUCAAUGCAUCUUUAAUUUGUAAAGAAAUAAAAUAAAUUAAGAUGUAACCAG